AUGAAAGCAUAACAUCUUAUGUUCGUUUGCCUUCUCAUUAUGUUUGCAUCUGCAUAACUCACACCUAUUAAAACUGAAGAAGAAAUCAAGAUCGAUUUAAGUUCGGAUGACAAAUUGGAAAUUAAAGGAAGAGAUGAUAUCAAGCCAAAUAAAAUAUUCAAUAAAUUAUAUGAGGUUGAUUAAGAAGCAUAUGAUCACAUGAAAAAUUCAUUCAAGAAUGUAGUGCAUCUUGUAUUUGAAAAAGAGGAAGAGGAAUCAUAAGUAAAACUACUUAACUCAGUUAUUGAAAAUGUUAAUUUUACUAAAGUGGAUGUGAUAUUCGUUAAAAGCCCUGCUGGAUUAAUUGAAUCAGAUAAAGGAAUUCUUGUCAAGAACUUUGAUAAUUUCUAUUGGAUUCGCAAUUAUGAGAAUCUCCAAGCUUAGAUCUUUGACAUAAUUAAUCCUAAAAUUGAAUUCUUGUAAACAGAAGAAGAUGUCGACAAAUAUUUCAGCCUAAACAAUUUGAAUUCAUUAGUCCUUCUGCCUGAUAAUUACUCAUUCAGAGACUAAAUUAUUGAGGAUCUUGAAGCAUUAAUUAGAAAUGGAGAUCUAAAAGAAGCCAGAAUCCAUGGGUUGAAAGGCUACAAUUAGAAUUAUAAGAAUUUUACAGCUCCCACCUUAAUAUUGCACAAGGGAAAUGGCAAAUUUGAAUAAUAUGAAUAUAAUCUGACUUACACUGACUAAAUUUUGGAUUUCUUUUAUUUAGAGAGCUUAGAUUUAGUAAAUAGAUUGGAUGAAGACAAUUAUGCAAGGGUAUUUGGAGGACCAAUUCAAACUCAAGUUCAUCUAUUGAUUAAGGGCAUUUUUAGACAAGAUUUAUUUAAUGCUUACUAUUGGGCUGCUUAAAAUAACAAAGUGAAUGAUUUAAAAUAUCAUCGUUUGAUCUUUACUUAUUCCACAUUUGAAGAGAAUCCAAGCUUAUGGUCCUUAUUUGAUUUUGAUGAAUCUACAAAGACUCCUCAACUUGUCAUUACAGAAACCAACUUUAGAAAAUAUCAAUUACAAAAAUAUAUUUGCCAGUCUGAAACUCUAAAUCAAGAAACCAUUUAAUAAUUUAUUGAUGACUUUAGAAAUAAGAACCUUACAGAAUUUUACAAAUCAGAACCUGCUCCUGUAUACACAGAAAAUUAAGACAUUUAUAAAAUUGUAGGAUCAACAUUUUCAUAAGAGGUUCUCAAUAAAGGAAAGAAUGUGUUACUAUUGUUUUGGGAUUCAAAAAACAAAGAUUUGUUCGACGAUUAUUUCCAACUUCUGAAUGACUUUUCAUUAAUUUAAAAUAAGGAAAAGAUUAAAAUUGGUCACAUUGAUCUUGCAAAUAAUGAACAUCCUAAAAUCACUGUGGAUUCUGUUCCAAAAUUAGUGUUGUACUUAGCUGCUGAUAAAAAGGCACCAAAAGAAUAUUUAAAGAGCUCAAACCUAGUUAUUCCUGAACUUAAAGCUUGGUUGGAUUAUUAUAUUGGAGAUGGUAUUGCAUAUAAAAAAGAAAAAACUGAUUUAUGA